UAACGAGUGAUAUAAUGCCAGUGCUUCUGCUUGUAGGCAGGACAGGGAAUGGGAAAAGUUCUGCUGGGAAUACAUUACUGGGUGAAGCCAGAUUUCCAGUGUCAAGCGGUGACUCUCCAGAUGAUCAUCUGGUACAGUGGGCAGAGAAUGGGAACAUUAAAGUCGUGGACGGGUCGCGUAUUGGUGACACAGGGGAAGACAUGCCAGGAGGAGUGGAAGAUUCCAUCAGACGAGCAGAACAAGCGUUUGAAUUAUGUGGUGAAGGGUUCAAUGCUCUUAUGUUUUGUUUACGUUACGGUGUCAGGUUCACCAAACAGGAGAAAGACGCGGUGCAGCUGGUGAAAGAUUUGUUUGGUGAUGGCGUGUUUAGGAGAUGUGGCGUUGUAAUACUGACCUAUGGGGAUAACUUUGAAUUGGAUGUAGAGGGAGAGGUAACGUUUAAUGAAUGGGUUAACCGUCAACUAGGAGAUUUCCGUGUAUUGGUCAAUGAAUGUGGAGAUAGGUGUUUUCUGCUGAACAACAGAAAUAAAGACAAUGAACAAGGUAUGCACAUAAUUGCAGUCGCCAGGCGGCUACCGAGAUAUACAAAAGCAGAAUUUAACGCCGCUAUUGGAUCACUUCAGCUACUGGUUCAACCACCACCUGUACAACACUCACAAAACAUCGGAAACAUUCGUGUAUGCAAAAUAUUCAAAGGCAAUCGAAAAGCACUGAUCAUCCUUGGAAGUCAACAACAGUAUAUUGCUAGUACUUUAGAAAACGCCAGCACCAAUUCGCCCACUGUGGUGACACGUCAUGAAGGAAAAAAUGUAAAGAAAAUUAUCGUGGGUGAGACAAAAUACAAACUAAUUGAUUACACAUUUAACGGCAGAGAUUCACUAGCGAGAUCAUACCUGGAAACUGGUCAUCGUUUUAAAGCCAUUCUGCUGUGUGUUACGUCUGGUCGAAUCACGGAAGAAGAAAACAACAUAGUUAGAGAAGUGAAGGAGUUGUUUGGUGACCGAAGCUUACGAGAAAGGGGAAUUUUAGUUGUGAGACAACAAGAAGUUGGUGAGAACGCUGAAGAAGUUGAUGAAAACGCUGAGUUUGAACAGUUUUCUACACAAUUUCGGGAAGUUGUAAAUAUCAGCCCACAAUAUGAUAUUAACAAUCUCUUAGAUUUUAUAUUAAGCUUACCAAAAAGUUACAAAAAUGAUGUCCAAGUGGGAAACAAGCGCAUGUAAAUGCAUCGAAAAUAUCCAUCCCUACAAAAAAAAAUAUGCUGUUAAGUACCGUUUCGGUAAUUUUUCCAAUUUUCUUUCCCGUAUGCAAACUAUAGAGGAAGUAUUGUAAUAGUGCAAAAAUAGAAAAAAGCUACGUAGACGAAAUUUCAUGUAUAAGUUGAAUAUCUAACGCUCCGGUUUAUUUUUUUUUUAAAUGAGCGUAAAUAGUACCUUAUGCCCAAAAUAAAUAAAUAGAUAAAUAAACAGCAUAGAAAAAACAAAAUUGUCCCAAACUUGGCGAGCUUAAUUUCGAACAAUUUUGCCGAUUUAUUUCAAACUUUUUACGUAAUUCAAGACUCGCAGACAAUACAUCGUGACCAAAAUGUUACUUAAUUAGAUGGUAAGUUAACUUUUUAAAAUUAGUCAAGCUUUUAUUUUUAUAAAGUGUUCGUUUUCCUCACUACUAUACACAUAUUUCUUGCGUUCAGAUGGUGCGUAUUUAUUUUUCUACGCGAUUGUAUUCAAUUUUUAAAAAUUAUAUAUCAAAAAUGAUAAAAAAAAUAUCUCUAGCGUGAAUACAGUGAAAGUGCCCGUACCCUUAGUAUUAUAUUAGAAAAUACAAGUAAGUUUAGGGAGAUCACCCCGCCCCCCUUUCAAUACAUUAAAUUUUUACUUUUAGUGUUGAAAUGAAAUGAAGAGUAAAGGGGCUUGCGUUAAUUGCAAAAGAAAAAAACAAACUAUAUAAAAAAAAACAUUUAACAAUGUUAUGUAUAUUGUGUGUUUUAUUCCAUGCCUAUUGUUGUUUUCAGUGUUGGUAUUGUGUUAUAAGUUCAGGGUAAAGGAUAUGUGCUUUUGGAACAAGUAUUAAUUCAUUAAAACGUGUUCUUGUAAUUAUUUCAUGUAAUUUACUCAAAUUAAGUUAAUUUUAAAAUUAUUAUUCUCUGUGUUUUGCAUUUACUUUAUUCGAUCGCGUUAAGUGUGUACAAAAUAUGAUGUAGACUUUCAUCUUUGUUAUCAUUUUUUAAAUUUAAUAAUAAAGGUAACAAGAAAAUGUAUGCUGUUUUGAAAUAUUAGACACGGAAGCGAAUUCCAAAAAACAUAGACUGCAAAUACGAUUAUUCGUGGGAAAAAUAACCAUAUGAUUAACAGUCUUAUCGGUAAACUAAAAUGGCAUACCAUUAACUUCCAAAUGUAUUUAUUUCAAUUGUUUUUUUUUCGGUCGGCGUGUUUGGGUGGUAUAUCUUAAGGUUGCUAAACCAAAAGUACCGAGUUUAAAACCCCUUACAUCGAUUUGGGGGCAGCAGCCUAUCUAGUAGAGAAAAAAAAAACACCAAGAUCCAAUAACUGCUUCAUUGUAGUUUGUUCUUUAUUGAAGCAAAUCCAGAAAGAAAAGCAAUACAAUAAAUUACAAAGAAGAAGACUAAACAGUGUCUUUGUUGAAAGUGAUACAUUUUAUGUCACUUCAUUAUAUAAUCUUACACCAAUAAAACAAUAAAAUGCCAACACAGGUUUUUAAAAGUUUCUUAUUAUCAAUGAACCUAUCCAUGUUAAACGCGUCACCACCGACAGUAGAUUGUGUGUUGCGAAAGAGUGAAUUCAAAAAGUGUGAUUUAUUGUUAAAACAUGGAGGAUCUUUUGUAUAAUAAACGCUAUUUAUAAUAGACACAUACUAUGGCU